GCACGCAGCACGCAGAACCGCGUGAGUACCGUAGCCAGCGCCAGACCGACAUCGCGUGACCCGUCAACGCACAGCCGCACAUCUACUGCGGAAGCAGAGGGUGAGUCUGCCAUGCUGCUGCUGGUGAUGGUGCUGGCGGCGGAGACGCGCGGCGCUGAAGACGCGGACGUGGACGGCCUGGACGCGGCAGCCCUCCAGGGCCUCAGCGACCUGCCACUGGACGCCCUGCUGCGCGUGCGCAGAACACUGGGCUCCCAGCACACAGCAACCGAAGAGACGGCGACGGCGUCAGGGACCGAACCGGUCAUGGAGAAUGACGCUCCUGCGGAGGCGGCGGGGGCGGCGGGGGCGCUGGUGGGCGGCGGGCCUGGCCCAAAGGCUGCCAGGAGGGGUGGCAGCGCCGGGGGCGGUGGAUACGGCUACGGUCCGAGCGCCGGCAUGAUGAAGAAGGGCAAGCAGAAGGGCAUGGCGGACAUCUUCCAGGGCUCCGUGACGGCGCUCGCCUUCCUCGCCUUCGCCGGCUACAUCGUCUGCCUCGUGGUGCACGCCAUCCGCUCCAGUGGAGGAACUGGAGGGGCGGAUGGUGGCGUCGGAGGUGGCGUCGGUGGCGUCGGCGGCAGCAUCGGCGGCGUCGGGGGCAGCAUCGGGGGCGGAGUUCCUCCCCCCGCGCUGGUGCUGCAGCCUAUUGUUCUGGGCGGCGGUCGAAAGGCUACGCCGGGGGCCGUGCGCGCGGCCACCGCCACCUGGAGCUGUAGGAUUCCACCGCCACGCUUUUCUGCCCGCUCCCUAGUCGCGUGGACGCAGGGAGGCGGCUGCGAGACACCUUGUGCGUAG